UCGCGGAGAUGACAUUAGCGUCACAAAAUAAGACGAAAAUGACGCUGUUUACUACAUGUUGGCGACGUGGUCCCGUGUGCUAAGAGGAGAUAUGGUCUUUAUUUUAAAUAGGUGUUUAUUGCGCCAGAGAGAUAUGAUCCUUGAAUACACCCGAGUUACCACUUCCAUUACAGAUAACUGAUUACCAGAGGAUUAAGGAUGGACUUUGUGCUAUUUAUGACAGUUUACCUGAUUGUUUUCGGGAUAAUUGUCAUCCUCUACUACUAUGCAGACUCUACUGUUUUCCAAAACAAACUCUUGAAAUUACUGAAGCAUUUGCUGGAGGUUCUUCUUGGACUAGUGCCUCCAAUACUCAAAAACUUGGUCACAGGAGCGAUUGACCGCAUGUUCUAUAGGAGGAAUCAUAUCCUGCAGGUGGUAUAUACAGGCCUGGUAGUGGCAGGACAUGUUGUGCUUGUGGUGGACAUUUUACCCAUCGUGUACACAUUUGCUGCUCAUGAGAAUCAUGUUCUUCUGCCCAUGGUCCUGGUAUUAUUGAACAGUCUGUUCUUCAGCCUCACCUGUACCACUGACCCAGGGGAGAUAACUCACAGGACCCAGCGGCACUACCAGUCAGCCUAUGCCUAUGAUGAUGUCCUGUACAAAGAGGGUGUGAAAUGUCGCACUUGCGUAAUCCCCAAACUUCCUCGUUCAAAGCAUUGCAGUGUCUGUGACCGAUGUGUGUACAGAUUCGACCACCACUGUAUUUGGACAAACAACUGUAUUGGAGGCCUUAACCACAUGUACUUCAUUCUCUUCCUCGUCUCUAUAGUUGUGAUGUCGGUGAAUGGUGUAGCAAUCUGCUGGAGAACACUGGCUCUAGUAGUCAACCAUUUCAACAUGUUGGAGACAAACUACAUUGAUCCUUCUGGCAAUGUCCAGCCCAUCACUCUGAAGAUUCUGGCACAACAUUUAUUCCUCAAUUUCCCGAGGAUUGUAUUUACCAUGGUAAGUUUGACAUUUGUGGCUUUUGCCUUGGGCGGUUUUGCCCUCUACCACAUCUUCCUAGUGGCGACCAAUCAAACUACAAACGAGCGUUACAAGAGGAAUGGAGACUGGUUACAGUUUAAGGAGGAUAAAGCACACUCUUGCACAAGUAAUGAUGGAACCUCAUCAACAAGCUCAAGAAGUCCAAGAAAAAAUGUGUUUGAUAAAGGAUUUUGUCAAAAUAUUUAUGAAGUACUUUGUCCGCACAAAUUCCUCCGAAGUACUAUUAAAAAGAAAUAAUCUUUCAUGCAACAAUAGAUUUGGUAUCUUUGGUCAACAAUUGCACAUGGUGGAUUGAGAACUGUAAUUGUGUUAUGAUAUUUUAGUUCAUGAUAAAUUAGUGAAUAUGAAGUGUGCCUGUUUUUACAUCAGUGAGUUUUGACUUUAGGACCAGGGUUUGCUAAUGUGAAUGUGGAGGUCAGUUCGAUAAAUAUGGUGAUAUUUCUGUGAUUUUCCUGUGAGACGUAUGAUUUAUUUGUUUUUUAAAUAACAGGAAUAGUUUGUGUGGUACGUGGUACUGAAUUAAGAUUUGGUUUGUGGGCACAAGAAAUGUACAUUGUUGAAGGUGGUUGUAAUUUAUUUCAUUAACAAGGUAUGAAUUAAAUCAGUUUUCCUGAUUUUGUUCUGUCAAAGUUUUGAAAUCCCUAGCAUAUAUAUGUUGUUAUACAGACUGUUUCUGUCACGUGCAUUCAGUGUAGAGUAUGCCAUUUACUAUACAUUGUUUUAAUACAUGAUCAAAUUUGUCUGUUCAUUACAUUCAUAAGGUUUUAUCCUUGCUUGCCAUGAAAAAGAAAGAUAAUUUUUGUUACCAGUAUACUUGUGUGGUCUUACAACAGUAAUAAAUGUGUGUUUU